UUAAGAUUGUGUAUUCAAAUUAUAUAUCUCCUUUUUAAUAUAGAAAAUAUUACAAUUCUGAUAAAUAAAACUCAAUACCCAAAUAAGAUUUUAAAGGAUAACUUGCAUUUUUCGCUUUAAUUUGUUGUUUUAGUGAAUAAUCAUCUUAUUCAAUUAUAAUAUAAUUCGAGGAGCCAAGAAAGAAAAGGUUAUAAAAUGCCAAGUGUGUAAAGGUAAAAGGUUUCAUGUUUGGGCUUGUGCUUGGGCAUCCAAAAUCAGUGGAUUGAGAGAUUGAGGGGCAGUGCGGCAGAUGCCCACAAUGAAAUGUCCAGGUGAUCACUUGGCGCCUGCGAAGUUGACACCAUUUCUGUUGAAACCAAAGCACAAAACCUCCUCUCUUGAUGACUCCAUUAGGAUGUUGAAAGUAGCAGCUGAUACUAAAGACCUUAAACUUGGCAAAAUAAUCCAUGCCCAACUCAUUAUUUCCAAUCCAACCUCCACAGAUGCUGAUAUGAGUCGAACUAAUUCACUCGUCUUUCUCUACGUGAAAUGCGACCAAGUUUCAAUUGCCCGCCAAUUGGUCGACCGUAUGCGCAAAAGAAAUCUGGUAUCUUGGAGUGCAUUGAUGGCUGCGUAUUUACACAAUGGUCAUGCCUUGAAGUUCUUGGAUAGUUCAAGAGUAUGGUUUGUGGUUGACAAUAUAUGGAGUGAGUACAUAUUGACUACUGUUCUUUCUUCAUUUGAUAGUGGGAGAGUUGAAGAGGGUAAGCAUUGUCAUGGAUUUGUCCUGAAGUUUGGAAUGGUGUUUCAUCCGUACGUGAAGAAUGCACUUGUUCACUUGUAUUAUAGAUGUUUGGAAAUUGAUGGGGCUAUGUAUGUUUUGAAUAUGGUGCCAGGUUAUGAUAUUAUUUCCUAUAAUUCAGUAGUAAACGGGCUCUUAGAAAAUGGGCAUCUGAAGGAAGCAAUAGAAGUUUCAAGGAUGAUGGUAGAUGAUCAUGUCACAUGGGAUAGUAUUACUUAUGUUACCAUUUUUGGCCUUUGUGCUCGUCUUAAAAAUUUGAGACUUGGUCUGGAGGUUCAUGGACGGAUGUUGAAGACAGAGGUUGAAUGCAAUGCCUCUGUCAGCAGUGCAAUAAUCGAUAUGUAUGGGAAAUGCGGUAGGAUCAUAAAUGCAAUGAAAAUGUUUGGUUGCUUGCAAACUCGUAAUGUUCUCUCCUGGAUGACAGUCAUGGAUGCUUAUUUCCAAAAUGGGAACUUUGAAGAGGCAUUGAAUCUUUUCUAGAAAAUGCAACUUGAAGGUGUUAUGCCAAAUGAAUAUACUUUUGCUAUCCUGUUGAACUCGAGUGCGUGCUUGUCAUCACUAAGACAUGGAGAUCUAUUACACGCCUCUGCUGAGAAGUCAGGUUUAAAGAACCAUAUCAUCGUUGGAAAUGCAUUAAUCAACAUGUAUACCAAGAGUGGCAACAUUGAAGCAGCAAAUAAAGUGUUCACCAACAUGAUUAACCGGAAUUCUAUAACCUGGAAUGCAAUGAUAUCUAGGUAUUCCCAUCAUGGACUUGGUAAGGAAGCUCUGAAUGUAUUGAAGACAUGCUAGCUGUUGAAGAGUGUCCUGACCAUGUAACUUUCAUUGGGGUCCUCUCUGCUUGUGCUCAUUUGGGUCUGGUGCAGCAAGGGUUCUAUUAUUUGAACCAUCUAAUGAAACAAAUUGGUAUCAAACCUGGAGUGGAGCAUUAUACCUGUAUUGUCAAGCUUUUGAGCAGGGCUGGACAACUUGACGAAGCUGAGAAUUAUAUGAGAUCUGUACCAGUCAAAUGGGAUGUUGUUGCUUGGUGUACUUUACUCAAUGCUUCCCAUGUGCAUCGGAAAUAUAGUUUAGGGAGAUGCAUCACAGAAAUUGUUGUAGAAAUGGCCAGAAAUGGACCCUAAUGAUGUGGGAACACAUAUACUAUUAUCAAAUAUGUAUGCCAAAUAAAGGAGAUGGGAUGAUUUGUGAAGAUGUGGAAAUUGAUGAGGGAUAGGAACAUCAAGAAAGAACCUGGAGUGACCUGGGUAGAGAUAAGAAGUACCGCUCAUGUCUUCGUUUCGGAGGAUUCGUUGCACCCAGAAUCUAGUCGAUAUGUAAAAAUGUAGGCGAGUUGUUGGCAAUGAUAAGACCUUUGGGCUAUAUGCCCGCCAGAUAUUGCUGCAGUACUGCCUGAUGUUGAGGAUGAGCAACUAGAAGAUUAUCUUAGUUAUCACAGUGAGAAACUGGCAAUAGCAUAUGGCCUCAUGAAAACACCUUGUGAAGCACCCAUCCGUGUAAUUAAGAACUUAGGAUGUGCAAUGAUUGCCAUACUGCUGCAAAAAUGAUUGCAAAAGUCACGAAUAGGAUGCUCAUAGUUAGACAUGCCAACUGGUUCCAUCAUUUUAAAGAUGGCUGCUGCUCUUGCGCAGAUUACUGGUGAAAAAUUGGACAAUUUUAGGAUAGAAAUACAAGAUUUGCAACUCUGUAGCUUUCCAUUAUAGCUUUCAAUAUUGUUUCAGUUUCAUACUCUACUUCCACUUUCUUGACGAAUAUAGAAAAAUUCUCAGUGAGUUUCUGGCUUUCUGAUUGUGGAAUUUAGCACCAGGCUUUAUUUGGGUCAACUUGCCAAAGCUACUAUAGCCCAAAGCCAGGGUCAAGACAGGUU